UCCUCAUUCUACCGGAUGAGAUUUAAAAUGAUGCCCAGCAACAGUUAUGGGAAGAGUUUGGAUCUCUCCAGGUUGACAGAUGACGAAGCCAAGCAUGUUUGGCAGGUGAUCCAGAGAGAUUUCCACCUGCGAAAGAAAGAAGAGAACAGACUAGGGGAACUCAAGACCAAAAUAAGGAAAGAGGACACCAAAAGAGAACUGCUGGAAUAUCAGCCUAAACUCAGUGAUUCUCUCUGCAUUCGCUGUCUGCAGCCCUUCAAAUUCCUUGUCAACAGCAAGCGCCAAUGUUUAGAUUGCAAGCUAUUUGUCUGCAAGUCCUGCAGCCAUUUUAACAAGAAGGACCACGGUUCGGUUUGUGAUCCAUGCCACAUGGCCAGAAUCCUUAAGAUUGGCACUCUAGAAUGGUUCCAUGAGAAUGUUCGCUCACGCUUCAAGCGUUUUGGGAGUGCAAAGGUCAUGAAUUCACUUUUCAAGAGGCUGAACAGUGACCGUGCCAGCUCUCAAACUGACCUCAGAGAUCCUCGAGAUGAUGACACGCACAGCAUGCCUGAAGUUCACACUGCUUCUCUGUAUAGCCAGGAAGAUGAGCAGUCUGAGCGGGUCGACAGACGCCACUUCGGCCUGAUGAGAAAAGGCAGACGGCUACUCCCUGUUGAUCCUCUUGAUUUUAAUCUAGGCAUUGAGAACUCUGCUUAUUCUCGACCUCCCGUACUUCUGCAUUCAGGUAGCCAAGAGAAAGUAACCCAGAGUAAGGACUCAGUAACUGAAGACGACUGGUCCACAACCUUUAAGCAGAUCCUGGAGAAUGGAACUCAUGGUAGAGUUGAUGAGAUGAAGGGCAUGUUGCAAAUCGGCCAGAGAAGUCUGGACAGACCCUCCCGUUUUGAUGACUGCACACCACAUCUAGAACCAAGGAUGACAACAUCUCGUUCCCUCUCCAAGAUGAGCAUCUCUUCAGCUGGCAGCUCUAACUAUCACUUCCACCGUGAGCCUUCUUACAGCCUGGAAGACUCGGAGGAUGACGGUGAUUCUGAGAUGCACAUCAUAUAUACUCCUGCCCCACAUAGGGAGCACUCACCAGAUGACGUUCCUCCACAGAUUAUCGAGCUCAACAUGCGUAUGUCAGCAAUCGAGACUCUUCUGAGCCGUUUGGAGCAGAAACUCAUAUUGCCAGUAAUUGGGGGAUCGGCAGAACAAGUGUUUGAAGUAAAUCUGCACAACCAACAGGUGGAGCUGAAAGAGGAGGAUCUGUCUCCAGCUGAUUUAGAGGAGCUCGAGCUCAGGAAAAAGCUUGAUGAACUUACUGAAAAAAUAAGUGACAAAGGCUCGUCUGAUGAGGAAGAUGCAAUGAAACCUUCAGAUGCCUCUCCAAAGAAAGUUGCAGUUUAUCAUGCUCCAGCUAUGAGAGGAGCUUCAGCUGGACCUGGGAAUGUCACACACGAAUGGCCUUUUGAGGUUGAGUGGAAAGGAAAGCCAGGCGUACCUAAAUCCUUAAAAAAGCAGAAGAGGGUAAGGUCCUUUGAGUUUAGCAGCACAACCAGCUGUGAGCUGUCACAGCUGGAGGGUAAAGUUGCAAUGGCAGUGGCCAGCGUCCAGAGCACUCAAAGUGGGGUUACAGACAUCCAGAAAAGAAUCGCUGCUUUGAGUGCUGCAGGGAUGACGGUGGAGACGUCCCGCAGACGGACUCCUCAGCCAUCAAGGACAUUGCAUGAAUUUUCAAUUAGAGGCAGCAAUGAAGCAAGGUCUCUGCGAAAGCUGGUCAUGUGAAGCAAUUUCAGCAAGCUAGCAUACUUUCACAUAUUUUAGUAGGCCUUGAUGGUGUACAAACUCACAGAACAUUGACAGAUUCACAUAAGAAUAUUUCAUAUGUUAAUAAAUUCAGCUGCAAGGGUUUGGGGGAUUCCAGGUUGAAUAAUAUAGAAUUAAUAUUUGCUUUAAUCUUCCAUUAGAUGAGUGUCAGAUUUUUCUGAAAAAUGAGAGGCUUGUCUUGUAGCAUUGCUGUUUCUUAGAAUAGACCAUUUCUGUUAUCCACACAAUAGAAUUUGCUUGUCUACAUACACUUAUUAACUGUUGUCGUUUUGAUAACUCAAAAUGUAUAUUAAAAAAUAAUCCAUAUUUAAUUUCUUAAUUCAGAUUUCUAUGUAGUUUCUUGGGUAUAUUUGAUGAAACAUUGUAUCUGAUAUAUUUUUCAUAUAUAUAGUGGGGGGUUUUCUUCUAAAUAAAUAUCUUAAAUUAUACAAUUGUCUUCAGUGUCAGUGAUGUAUUAAUGAAUCAGUCAGCAUGAUACACUUGCAAAGCUCAGUUCAAACAUAUGCUGGGUUAUCCUGUUCUCCAUAUCCAAAUUAUCACAUAAUUUGCAUAUUUAGUGUAAGGAUGUUUCUGAGUACAUGCAUGCUGUGCAGUCUUCACCCUCCCCCAGAUGGGGUAUAAAUUGGUGGAUCAGUCCAUCAGUGGAUCCAAACGAGAAUAUCCUCAACCUCUGAGAACGACUCAAGAUGCUCAGAAGUUUUCUUAUACUCACAGCUAUGGCAAUACUGUAAGAUUACAAAUCCUCUGAAAAACUUCUACCUUGAAGACACAUUUAUGCUUCCUCUGCACUCAAGGAUCAUUUUAACUGACAGCUGAGGAUCACAGACUGAGAUACCAAGAGGUGAACAGCU